AUGGCCUCGCGCUGGGCCGUGCUGCUGCUCGUGGCAGCUUGGAGCAUGGGCUGUGGUGAAGCCUUCAGGUGCUACAGCUGUGAGCAGCCUGUGGCCAUGUCUUCGUGCAAGAACAUCACUUACUGCAAGCCGGAGGACACAGCCUGCAUUACUACACUGGUGACGGUGGAGGCGGAGUACCCCUUCAACCAGAUCCCCGUGGUGACCCGCUCCUGCUCCAGCUCCUGCCAGGCCACAGACCCUGACAGCAUUGGGGCUGCCCACCUCAUCUACUGCUGCUUUCGUGACCUCUGCAACUCAGUGUCAGUGGCCAGGCUAAGAAGGCGCUCCUUGGGCCCCUCCUCUCCUGAGAGGGCCUGGCACCGCCUGCGCUCACCUCUGCCCACUCAUCCCGGCAGGCAGAGCUCCCUGGGCCUCAGGUUGCUCAUAGGACGCAAAGGGAGAGGAUUGCACCAGGAGCGCCCUCUGCCCUCCAUCCCCCAACCUUAA